CCGGUCGCCUGUCUGAAAAUACAUAAACACACUUUCUGCCAGUCAAUGUAGGCGGAUUCGUCUGUGGCGGUGCUGUCAUCUGAACUGUCUAGUUCACAUGUUCUCGUUCUGAAUAUUGUAUUUGGCAUCAAAAUCAAACAACACAGCCUCUGAAUUUCCGUAGAGGGGAAUCAAACGUGCGAAGUGGUGCUUUGACCCUACUGGAGUUACUUGUUAACCUGCUGCUGCCUCAUGGUUGGCAGUCUCGUUUUAAGAGCGAAUCUUUCUACAAUUUGCCGUUUCAGUCGAAGGACAUCCAGCCUCAUAAGCCAAUGCAGGAUGUCCUCCACCUCCACCCACCCCGUGGCUGCCUUGUGCCAGAUGACCUGCACCGCGGACAAGGCGGCGAACUUGGCGUUGGGGUCACGGCUGGUGGAGGAGGCAGGGGCGGCGGGGGCCAGCAUGGUCUUCCUCCCAGAGGGCUUUGACUACAUCGGCUCCAGCGUGAAGCAGACCCUGGAGCUGUCUGAGACGCUCGCGGGAGAGACCGUCACGCGCUACUCUGAGCUUGCCAGGAAGCUAGGAGUAUGGCUGUCCCUGGGUGGAUUCCACGAGCAAGGGGAGAGCUGGGCGAGCACACAGCGCAUCUACAACAGUCACAUCAUCAUCAACGCUCAAGGUGAGAUUGUGAGUGUGUACAGGAAGGGGCACCUCUUUGACGUGGAGCUGGUGGAGAAAGGUGUGUCCCUGAAGGAGAGCGCCUUCACCAUCCCCGGCCCCGCCCUGGUGCCUCCCGUCCAGACUCCUAUCGGCAAGGUGGGGCUGGCUGUGUGCUACGAUCUACGCUUUCCUGAGCACUCAUUGGCCCUUCAGCGGCACGGGGCCGAUAUUCUGACCUAUCCCUCUGCUUUCACCGUAGCAACUGGCACUGCCCACUGGGAGGUUCUCCUGCGAGCCAGGGCGGUAGAGACCCAGAGCUUCCUGUUUGCGGCGGCCCAGGUGGGCGCCCACCACCCCAAGCGCUCGUCCUACGGGCACGCCCUGGCCGUGGACCCCUGGGGCACGGUGCUGGCGGACCUGGGCGCCUCGGAGCCGGGCCUGGCCCUGGUGCCCGUGGACCUGCAGAAGCUACGGGACACGCGGAGGGACAUGCCCGUCCAGCAGCACCGCAGGGAGACCCAGUACUACCGGAGUCUGGACACGGACUGAUGGAGAACGCAGAGACGCUCUAGGUGUAUUAAAGGAAGUGUAUGUAAUUUUCAAAAUUAACGGACUAAUGGGGAACACAGGGAGACAGAAUACUGAGGAUAUAAAUAAUAAUCAAUAUGUAUCGAUGAAUCAAUCAUACGGCCGACGAUCGAAUCGUAUCGUAUCGCGGGGCAUUCUUAAGUAUUGAAAAUAAUCGAAUCGCUGCCUUAAGAGAUUGAUAUCUAAUGGUAUCGUCAUGGAGACUGUGAUAAAUUUUACUCCCCAAUACUGCCGGAGCCUGGACACGGACUGAUGGAGAACGCAGAGACGAUCUAGGUGUAUUAAAGGAAGUGUAUGUAAGUUUAGUCGUUUAUUUUCAAAAUUUCGGCUUCCCAUUCAUGCAAUUGAUAUUCGUUUAGUAAUAAACUGAUAUUAACUGUUCACAACGUCAUAAUGAACACUUAAAAAUUGAUGGGGGUGGUGAAAUAUACAGUACAUGAAAAACUUAACAUUUGUGAAUGGGCAGCAAAAAUACUAUGAGGAAUAAACUGCUAAAAAUGACAUACCCUACCUUUUAAUUAGCCUGAUUAUCAUCGACUUUCAAAUCUCUUCGAGAUGCUGAAGCUGUUGCGUCACUAGGAGGGCACGGCCUGGAUACCUUUUAAUGUGCCUGGAUACAGGCUGAUAACAAACACACAGAUGCAUGUGUAUUUUAAUUAAUUGCAAGGCAGAUUAAUGGACAAUGAAUGCUGAUGUUCUGUUGAAAUGGGCGGCUUGCUUUGUCGAAAUGAGCUAUCAGUAGCUUGUAACCUGUGACCCCGAAAGCCCAGUGAUUUUCCAUACUUGGUACUGAUGGAGAAUAAGCACUGCACUAUAAUAUGCCGCCCAGUAAUUACUUUAACCUUUUAAUUAUGCAGUCAGAAGGCCAUGUGUACUGACGCAGUUGAGUCAGGGAAAGAUUUUUUUUGAAAGGCUGCU